AUGAGACGCAUCGUGAGGGUCCUCCUCAACUGGAUCCUCCCCUUUUUUCUGUUUCGUCUCACUCAGGUUGAAGGCAGAGGUUUGAUAGAAAAGGUAACCUCGCAUGGAGACCUGGAUUUAGUCCUACUCUUCGAUGCCGGCUUCAAGGAGAAGAAGGAAAAGGAGGGCUCCAAGGCCUUGGAAAAUAUCACAGAGCUGGCAAGGAAACUGAUGGUGGAAGGAGAGCGCAGGGUAAAUCUCACCUAUGUGACAUAUGACAGCGUGGGGGUGCAGACAAUAGCACGCGCGGAUAAUAGGAGUGCGAAAGGUAAUACUUCGGCCGCCCGCACAAAUGGCUCGCUCCAGAGGUUCAGCAAAGCCGUGAUGCAGACUCAGAUGCAGCAGUCGCAGCAGAGCUCCAACCAUCUGAAGGCCCUCAACUAUGUUGGCAUUAGACACUUCUACGACGCGGAGGACACCUCCACCAAAAUGGUAAUCAUGUUUAUCAACACGGAGGGUAUGCCAGACACAGACGAAACGGAAUUGAGCAUAGCGCACUACCUACUGGACAGAAAAAAUAUUACACUGAAUGUCAUAACGAAGGUGAAUCUCAAAUCGUACUGUCACUACCUACAUAGGGUUGGACCAAAUACAAACGAGCUGCUAAGAUGUGUGUUAAAAAAUUCGUAUUACCACAAAUCAAUGUUGAUUCACAAUCUGGAAAAAUUCUAUGACGACAUCGCGACGAAUGCAACGUGCAGUGAAUGGUCUGAGUGGUCUGAAUGCUCCGUCACAUGUAACAUGGGUUACCACUUCAGCAAAAGGAAUACUCUGAACAAUGUAGAAAAUGCUUUAAGCGGGAAAUACAAAAGGACAGGAAAGAAUUGCACAGAUCAGAGGAGUCUCGUGAUUCAGGAAUGUUUCGACACAAGCUGUGAUCACUCUCUUGAUGUCUGCGACAUAGAGAUCGAUUUGUCUCUUCUAGUAGAUGACUCCUCUACUAUGUCUCAAUCGUUCUGGCUGAAGUAUAUUUUGAAGCCCAUCAGGAAUCUCAUUUCCCACUUAAAUUUAAGUUCAAAUUUGGUUAACAUAUCGCUCACUACUUUUUCUCAGGAGACAUACAAUUGGAUUAGCUUCUCUUCCAACUUGGCUCGAAACAGAGACCAACUUCUUCUCUUCUUAGAAUACUGGAGAUUCAAUUUUGGUGGCCCAUCCAAUAAUUUGAGUAGCGCGUUAAGUUAUAUGCACGACCAUGUCCUCAAUACAAAUGAGGGCAGACCCAAUGCCCACAAGGUCCUUGUCAUUUUUAACACGGGCAAUGUCAGCAAUAAGGCCGCCAACCAAGCGGAAGAAAUCGUCCGCAAUAUUAAACUCACCUAUGGGGCUGACGUCUAUGCCAUUUGCUUGAACAAUAGCAGCCACGGGAACUGCAAAACGAUGAGCGGGGAUAGCAGGGAUAUCGGGGUUAGCGGCGGCACGGACGAAAUGGACGCGCCCGGUGUCGUCAAUCAGGACGAAGUAGACAUGGCCGGUCUUUCCAAGCAAGACAAAGCCACUAAUAACUCCCCCGUUGAGGACGCCCCCUUCUUCUACUCAUACAGCAACCUGUCUGAAUUCAGAGAACAGCUCACCGAAAUACAGAAGAACAUCUGCAAGAAUGCGCACCAGGCUAUCGUCGCGGCCAGACGCCGAAGGAGAAGGAACCUAAGGCGUGCGAACAUCGCCGGGAAACCGAGCGAAUGGCACGGGCGCAGGGGAGCCAAGAAAGCAGGAGGGGAGAACGAGGAAGGGGAGGAGGAUGAGGCAGCAGAAGAAGCGAUAGAGGAUGACAAGGAGCAACUCGAAUCGGAAGUGGCGCCCAGGGCAGAACCAGACGCAGAUGGAGGAACAGAGUUAGAAACAAAAUCGAUGGUAGAGCCAGGUGCAGACGCGGCAUCCGAAUCCGUUGCGGCAGCGGCAGCAGAUCCAUCAACUGACCCAUCAACAGACCCAUCAAUAGACCCAUCAGCGGAUCCCCAAAUCGGGCAGAAAGCAGACCAGCCAGUUGACCCCGACGUAGUAGCGGAGUCGAUACCCCCAACAGGACUCGGUGUCGUACUACACGAACCCCCGAACGAGAUCGAAAAAAUGGCGCAGAAGCUGCACGGAGACAAGGCGACCAACAGCAUAGUACUACCCCCUUUCUAUAUCGGUAACGGAGGAAAUCUCAAACGUUCGAACAAAAACAGAGUCAUUCUAAAAUCACUUAACAGCUUGGAAGGAAUAUAUGAUGCAGAGGAGGAGGUAGAUGUAGAACCCACUCAGAACCCGUUAAAAAAAUACUCCUCAGAGUACAACAUAGAUGCAUUGCCAUCAUACAAAAAAAAAGGAAAAGGAAACUUAAUCUGUAGACUUCUGCGAUUGCUAUUUAGGAAAAAACAAAAAUAUAGAUUACACAAAAUUGAUCCCAAGGACCAGGAAAAGAUAAAACAGUUCAUAGCAGAUGUAAAAGACAUGAACGAUUCAGAAGAAACACAUCAUCAAAGGGAGCGACAGAUAGAGGAAGAUUUUAAAGUCAUGUUAGAAAACAUAUUUAACAAUGUUGCCAAUUCACCGUUCAGUGACCUACACUCUGAUUCUGCAAGUGUGUCUAGUUACAGCACACAUCUGGAGGAGGAGCAGAUGGGGCUGGACCUGGAGAAUACACUCCCCUGCAGCUGGUUCUACAUAGAUGCGGCACAGAUGGAGGGAGACUACCUGCCGAAGGGGGGAGAUGGUUCCGACGUCGAUGACUUGGCUGAUGCGGAUACUUCUGCUAGCUCCAGUGCUAACAUGGACGACGAUUCUGAUGGGGAGGAGAGAGCCACUCCCGUCGAAACGGGAAGGAGCAUUCUCGACGACGUCCCCAUAGAUGACAUGUUGGUAAAGGAGGGAGACCUUCCUACCAGCGAAAGGAGGAAGUUGAAAAGGGGGAAGAGGUCCAUCAAUCAGACACAGGGACAAACCACAUCGAAGGAGGAAAGUCACGAUGAGAAAAAUAAAGGCCCAGGUGGAAAGGCAGACAACAUGGGGCUGGUAGAAUCAUUGCUACCUGGCAAUCGUGAUGAGGGGAAAAAAGGUCAACAUGAUAAGACGGAAGCAGGCCACGGUGGGGAGGAUAGAACGGUACUACCUUUGCCUCCCACUUCGUCGACCCAACCUCCCUCUUCCGAUGGAAGCAAACCACCCCCACAGAGAAAAUUCAAAUCCAAGUUCGACAUCAUUCAUCGCUUCAAAAAUAGGGGAGCCGUGGUGGACGACAAUACAGGAGUCAGCUUCGAUACACGGAAGUAUCCAUCCCCAGCAAGCAACGGAAGGGAAAAAAGAAGUAUCCAUCUCGAAGAGCAUACAGAAGGGAAGAAGGAUAAACCAUCAGAACACAUCCCCAACAUCUUUCAACAGACGAACCAUUCCAAAGAGUCUAAUAAGUCAUCUAAUCAAGGCGACGUAGUCGCCCCGCCACCCCCCCUCUCCCCCAUCAAUUAUAAAAAAAGAAAAGAAAACGAAGCCAUAAUUAAAGGAGGAACAAAAUCAAGUGGACACGUCAAAGUAGACGACAGCCCAGGGAUGAUAAAAGAUGAAAAAAACAAAACAUCAAGUGGUACAAAAAAGGAAACACAUGUAUCUGAUCCGAAUGUGCAGGUGAAGUAUGACCUCCUUGAAGAAAAGCAUUCCAGCAUUGAGUGGAUAACAGGAAACUACGACACCGUUGAGGAAGAUGAACAUGCCGAUUCUGCUAUAUAUAAAUACUCAGCUUCCUUCGCUGUAAUCGCCAUCGUCCUUCUAGGUGCCACCUUUCUGUACAUACGCAGUGAGAAGAAACUUACGGAGACUUUCUCUGUGCCCUUUAACGAUUUUGCAACCCAGAAAGAGGAGAAGAAGGUCGAGUGUCGGGACCAACAUAUUGAAUUAAGUCCAGAUGAGACGUCUUGGCAGUAG